GCCCCGUCCAGCGGCCAGUUGGUCGGGCUCCGCCCCCGCUGCCCCAGCAGCGGCCGCUGAUUGGCCGUAGCGCGCGCGCGCCGUGUCCCCAUUGGCGGAGCGGGCGGGCGGCGAGGUUUGAAAUCCCGACAGUCGGCGCGGGGCGGCCGGUGGCGGCUGCGGGGUCGUGUGCGUGCCAAGGAGCCCCGCGCGGCAGGCUAUACCUGUACGGACAGGCCCCGCGUGGUGCUCUCUGCUGUGUGCGUUGUGGGGGGCAGCCAGUGCGGAGCUGAGUGAGCUGUGUGAGACGUCAUGGCAGAAGCACUUACCUCCCCAGGGCUGUUCUCUGACGAUGAGGUUGCAGCUUCCCCUGUGCUUGAGUCCACAGCAACUGGGUUUGGGGCUGAUUUGCGCAAAGACCUGCUGUCAGAGUUCUCUGCCAUCUCCCCAAACCUGGAGAGCUCCCAGGCUGUAGCUGAAGACAAUAAUGGCAAAUUAAAGGUCUAUCUAAGAGUUCGACCUCUGAAAUCUACAGAAGUGGAAAAAGGGGAAGACCAGGGCUGUGUCUGCAUUGAGAACUCAGAGACCCUUCUUCUAAAAGCUCCUAAGAACUCCUUCACCAUGCGGUGCAUGGAACGUGGAGUGGGACAAGCAUUGCAUAGGUUCUCUUUCACUCGGAUCUUUGGACCAGACGUGGGGCAGAAAUUGUUCUUUGAUGAGACAAUGAAACAGGUGAUAAAGGAUGUACUGAAUGGGCAGAACUGUCUGGUUUAUACCUAUGGCAUCACCAAUUCAGGGAAGACUCACACGAUUCAGGGCACCAACCAAGAUGGGGGGAUUCUGCCUCGCUCUUUGGCAACCAUCUUCAACAGUGUGGGGGACCAGCUGUACCAAGCCAUGGACCUGAAGCCUUCCCUCUCCAACGAGGUGAUCUGGCUGGACAGCAGGCAGGUGAAGCAGGAAGAGACCAAGAAGCAGAUGAUGCUGCAGGGGGGUCUCUGGGAGGAGGAGCUGUUAACGCCACUGAAGAGGAGUUGCAGUGCUGAAUCUCAGCUCCAGGCCACCACCAGUGGCAGUUUUGACAGUGGAGUUGCUGGCCUCUCUUCAUCCAGCCAACUCACCAGCCGUUCAGACAUCAGCCAGACUGAAGAACUGGGCCCUCUCUGGGCUGAUUUGGAUCGGAUUUCACUCACCAGCACAGGAAAUGUGCAGUUCUCCAUCUGGGUUUCCUUCUUUGAGAUUUACAAUGAGUUAAUCUAUGACUUGUUAGACCCAACUCUCUCUGGACAGAACCGCAAGCGGCAAACACUGCGGCUCUGUGAGGACCAAACUGGCAACCCCUAUGUGAAAGAUCUGAACUGGUUCAAUGUCCAGGAUGCUAAUGAAGCCUGGAAGCUCCUGAAACUGGGUAGGAAAAACCAGAGUUUUGCCAGCACCCACAUGAACCAGAACUCCAGUCGCAGUCACAGUGUUUUCUCCAUUCGGAUUCUGCACUUGCAAAGAGGUGGCAGUGAAGUUGUUCCAAAAAUCAGCGAGUUAACCCUGUGUGACCUGGCAGGGUCUGAGCGCUGCAAGGACCAGAAGAGUGGGGACCGAAUGAAAGAAGCCAACAACAUCAACACCUCCCUGCACACACUGGGCCGCUGCAUCGCCGCCCUCCGCCAGAACCAGCAGUCCAGGACAAAGCAGAUGGUGGUUCCAUUCCGGGACAGCAAGUUGACCCGUGUGUUCCAGGGGUUCUUCACUGGGCGCGGGCGCUCCUGCAUGAUUGUCAACAUCAACCAGUGUGCGUCCACUUAUGAUGAGACUCUGUAUGUAGCCAAGUUCUCAGCCAUUGCCAGCCAGCUUGUGCAGGCGCCUCCCACAAAGCUGGGACUUCCAUCCCUUCAAUCCAUCAUCAAAGAGCACAGCAGGAGAACCAGCCAGGGGGCAGAGGCAAAGGAAGAAGUGGACUCAGAAGAAGACGAAGACACUGAGGAUGAGGCAGAUGUCUCCAUGUAUGAGAAGAAGGACUUGUUGCGUGCAGCAGAAGCUGCACGAGAGCUGCUGGUGCAGGAGCGGCUGAAGAAGCUGCAGCUCGAGAUGCGCCUGCGUGAGGAGAUCUGCAAUGAGAUGAUGGAGUACAUGCAACAGAAGGAGCAGUGGUGGAGCCAACACGUGGAUGCUCAGAGGGAGCAGCUGGAGGAACUGUACGAGGAAAAACUGACUAUCCUGAAGGAGUUAUUGACCGACCAUUACCAGGAGAAGAUCCAGGAGCGUGAUGAGGAGAUUUUGGAGCUCCAAGCUACUCUGCGGGAGACCAGAGAAAAAUUGGAUAGUCUGGAUACUAAGGAAAAGGACUCGGAGCAAGGCUUACGUCGAUCCAAGCGAGUGGCUACCUCCUCAUCUACUGUGCAGAAGGAGCUGGCAGAUACCAAAGCCAGACUGGAGCAGUGUCAGAGGGAGUUACAUACCACGACUGCAGAGUUGCACAGGUACCAGAAAUUAGUGGAGCCACCGCCCUCUGCCAGACCCAUUACUAUGGAUGUAGACAGGAAGCUGGAGGAUGGACAGAAGAAUGUCAGGUUGCUGCGUUCAGAGUUACAAAAAAUUGGGGAGUCUCUCCAGUCUGCAGAGCGAGCGUGCUGCCACAGCACAGGAGCAGGGAAGCUCCGAGAAGCCCUCUGCACGUGUGAUGACAUUCUGGCCAGACAGGACCAAACCCUGGCAGAACUGCAGAACAACAUGAUGCUGGUCAAGCUGGACCUGCGCAAGAAGGCGGCCUGCAUUGCCGAGCAGUACCACACGGUGCAGAAGCUCCAGGCUCCUCCAACAUCCACCCUCAAGAAACGCUUCUGUGCCAACAGGGAAAAUGUACAACCUAAUCAGCCCCCUGGUAAAAAGCCCUUCCUGCACAACCUCCUGACACGUUCAGCCACCCGUCCUGUUGCUGCCAGAGGGUGGCAACUUCGUUCAGUCGCUCUAUGACUUUUCAGAAAGAGAUUCCUGCCCUGCUGUUACUGGAACAGGUGGCAAAUCCAAUAUAAUGGCAUCUGGUUUUCAUUGUGCGCUUGUUUAUUGUUAUUGUAGCUGCUUGAGAGCUUAUGUAAACAUUUCUGGGUACGUAUCGAUAAACUUUUAAUCAAUACCAAAGUGGACAAAGUGACCUUUUGUAAUUUAAACACUACAGUGAGGAAAGUCCUUAACUAUAUAAUAACGCAGAUGAUCAAACUUGUUUAACAAACGGACAAGUUAAAGGUGAGUUGUCAUCUUCAACUAUGUUGGCACACAAUUCAAAAAUAAGUUCACAAGUUCCUCCUUGAAAGAUAUUUUGCCUUCCUUGAAUUAUAAUCCUUUAUUAAAGUAUACACGUUCUAGGCCAGGGCUGUUCUCUCGGAUCUGGGCUUGCAGUGCUGGCUCCAAGCGUGAUACCGCCAUAGAACUGAGCAAAAGAAACAGGAAAAUGGUUACAUAAAGCAAGCACUUGAGUGUAAAAUAAGAUGGAUGAUGCAUCUAGUUAAACUUCCUGGACUGUGAAAGAGUUUUCACAUCUUUUUAAAUGUCUUAUAAGGGAAGCAAACUAGAUCAGAGACAAAUGAAUCCCUGCUCAAAUGGCAGUAAGACAGUCUAUGGAGUCAGGAAAUGGUGUUGGGAUCCACUAACUUGUAGCUGGCAAGAGAAACUUACCUUCCUAAAGGUGUUUUUAUUAAAUAUAAUGUAUUUGCCUAUUUAACUUACCACCUGAUUUAUUCAGUUCAAUAAAAGGUUUACUUUUAUGAGAACCAGUUCACAGUAAAGUGAAUUAAGCUGCCAGGUCAUUUGAAUAGCUGCAAUUUCCUGAACACAGUUCAAGGUCUUCCUCUGAACUGAAGAGCCCUGGCUAAAAUCAAGACCUGUACCACGUGUGCUAGGCUGGUUUGUCAUCUCCAGGUAGCCUAGUGACACUUGUUUACCACAGCUCUCUGUCCUAGGCCAAGCAGGGAAACAGAUGGUGUCAGAUGGAUCUGUUGUACUCGAACAAUUGCAUCUGAUGAAAAUUGGGUAUUGUUUUCUGGAAGUCAAAGCUACCUUAGUUGUUCAGUACUUUUUUUAAUGGAUUCAGCUCCAGCUUGGGUUGUUUAAGCUACAUCUGGCAGUCUGUUUAGGCAACUGUUAUUAAUAUGAGGGACAGCUCAGCUGAAUUUAAGGCCCUGUCCAUACUACAUACCAAAUUGAGCUAAGUUAAUUUGUAAAUAACUCAUUCAGGCUUCAUGAUUAUUUCAGCUAGAAACAAUUUUCACUAUAAGACAGUUUUCACUACUGAGCUAUUUUUGUAUUGAUGAAAAAGUCUUUCUUAAGAAAUAUUAAUCAAAUUACAAAUAAGCACAGAUAGUCCAAUGCUGUUCUGUAUAACUAGAAGAGUUUCCAGCUGAAAAUAAAAUGGGCUCUUACUGUAUUUAAUGCAUCCGUAACCUUCCUGGACAUGAAUAUAUUGUAUAAAUCUCAUCUUGAGCUGCUAGGGGUUUGUAAACAACUAUUAUAUAUUACUGAUGAGUAACAUAGGUAUUACUUUUCUGUAUAUUCUCUUGUUUAUCACCUUUGUUAUAUGGGAAAUAAAACUGUGUGCUUGACCAGGCAA